AUGGCUACUCGCAACAAUAUUUUAGUUUUAUGUUUCUUAAUAGGUUUAGAGUUAUGCUCUGCAAGAAGAUCACUUCUCACCUACUCUGAAUCCGAGGCUGAAGUCGCUUCCUAUGGCGAGAAAAGUAGUUUGAGUGUUGGCGUUGGCGUUGGCGUUGGUGCUGAUGUUGAUGUUGGUAUUGGUCUUGGUGGUGGUGGAGGCGGUGGACAUGGUGGUGGUGCUGGAGGAGGUGGCGGUGGUGGUCCUGGAGGAGGAUCUGGUUAUGGAGGUGGAAGCGGUGAAGGUGGUGGAGCUGGAUACGGAGGUGGAGAAGCUGGUGGGCACGGUGGAGGUGGAGGAAGUGGAGGAGGCGGUGGUGGAGGAGCUGGCGGUGCACAUGGAGGUGGAUACGGUGGUGGAGAAGGCGGUGGUGCUGGAGGAGGAUAUGGAGGUGGAGGGGCAGGUGGACAUGGAGGUGGUGGAGGUGGUGGAAAAGGAGGCGGUGGAGGAGGAGGUUCUGGCGCCGGUGGAGCUCACGGUGGUGGUUACGGUGCCGGAGGUGGAGCUGGAGCUGGAGCUGGAGAGGGAUACGGUGGUGGCAGUGGAGCUGGGGGACAUGGUGGUGGAGGAGGAGGAGGUGGUGGUUCAGGAGGUGGGGGAGGUUAUGCUGCAGCUGGAUCUGGACAUGGUGGCGGUGCUGGUAGCGGAGAAGGCGGUGGUGGAUAUUGA